AUGACGACAAUGAAACGUCGUUACAAUAUCCACGAUGAGAAGGAUGCGCUCUAUUCUGCAUUAUUAAUGGAAGUUUUCUUCGUUUUCAUUGGAAUUCUGUAUUUCAUUCGAUUCUAUGCGGCUCUAACGGUCUACAGAUGGACUAAAAUUCCACGAAUCACUGCGAAUAUCACGUCUUCUGGACCUAAAAUUACAUUGCAAAAUAUAUAG